AUCUCAACAUAUCUUAUUGACAGAUAUAUGCAUGUAGUCCUUACAUGUAUAUGUAAUAUCAUACUAGUAGCUCUUCUUUUGGACAUCACUCAUUAUAAGUACAUGUAGGAUAAAGGCCUUCAUGGUUUUACUAUCGACCGUUCUGAGGGGUAGAGUUUACGGGAUACCAGCAAAUUUGAUUGUGGAUGUUAUCUGAAACGUUCUACAAAUGAUUAUUACAUCCACAACAUGAGCAACCACGUUGAAUUUAAGCAUCAUGAGAAAAAGAACAGGGUCCAUCCCCAUGACAAGACCAUUGGCAUGGAUGAGGAAGAAGAUCUUGAUAAAGAAAAUGAUAAUAAGGAAACUGAAACUGAUUCCCGUGAGAAGGCGAAAUCUCGAAAGGGCAUUGCUAGUGCCAUUCGUAAGGUCUCAUCAGUGAAUAUUAUGUGGAAAAGAUAUUUCGCAAAAGGAGUACACGGAAAGAAAGGUGAGAGUCAAGCCAGAGAUGGCCCUGCUCACCAAGGAUCGGGACUGGGUGAUCUUGACGAAAACUUCACACCAUCUGACCUAACACCUGCACAGAGGAGACAAGUUGUUGAGGCAACCUGGAAACUUCAUGAUUAUUUCAAAACAUUAGGCAAGCAGAGGUCGGAAGAAGAAAACAGCCAACGUAUUCGAGUAAAUUUCGAUCUGAUUGAACAUGAUUUUGGAUCAGGCGCUCGAAUUGACUGGCCAGACCAAACAGGACAGACCAUAAUUCAUGAGGCAGUGCGGGCGUGGUCUGUAGAUGUUGUCAUGUAUCUUCUAGAUAAGGCUGGAAAUCCAAAGAUCCUCGACACCCCUGACAAAUUUGGCCGGACUCCGCUCCAUGUGGCUGCUAUUGUCAAUAACGUUAGGGUUGCGAAAUUUCUCUUGGAUAACGGGGCCAACAAGGAAGCGCGCACCAAUGAGGAGUUGCAGACACCAGCCCAUUACGCUGCCAAGUACGAUUCCUAUGACGUGAUGAAAACCCUAAUCAAGGCCGAAUGCGAGUACAAGGAGGUGGCAGACUAUAAGGGGAGGACACCCCUGCAGUUAGCGGCCGAGAAUGGAGUAAGCCACAUGGUGUCGCUGAUGUUGGAACUGAAUGCUCCAGUCAAUGUGCACGACGAUCAGGGACAAUUGGCAAUAGUUCUCAUCAUGAAGAACACAAGAUCGUUGGCGCGAGAUGCAAUGGAUCAGUUCAUCAAACGAGAUUCCAUUCGCAGACAACAGACAGUUAACGUGAAUUACAUGGUGCCAAAACCUAUUGAGAAAACCGAAAACCCUUCAUUUGCACAGUCUCCUCUUGAAGUAAUCACAACCAACAUGUUCUAUGACUUGGUGACCCAUGACAUAAUAAAGGCAAUCAUAAGCAUCAAAUGGAAACAUUUCGGAAAGUGUGGUGCAGUGGGUAACCUCAUCUUACACCUCCUCUUCAUCGUGGUUUGGACUGUCCUGGGUGUGUAUCCUGACUGGACAAUCCGAUACAAAUACAACUUCCCUCAUGAUGCCUGGAGGGUCUGCCUUUGGGUUGUUGCUGUCACCCUAACCGUAUAUGAAAUUGUUUGUGAGAUCAUCGAAUAUAAGAAGUCGAAAUCCAAACUAAAUAACUGGAAAAAAUGGAAGAAGACGCAGCUAAGUCGAGAUAUGAAUUUCUGUCAUCCACAAUGGCCAAUGGAGGAGAAAUUCUUGAAGAAGAAGUUGUGCAGCAUUGACCGUGAAAAGAUGGUGUACCUGAAAGACUGCUGGUGGAAUGUUCUGGACUGGAUCUGUUACAUUUUCCUCACGACUUGCAUCCUGACUCACCUUACAGACGUCCUACUGCCCGUGCACUCCGUCACUCUUGCCCGUGCGCACAUCCGAAUUAUGGUCGUCACGCUAAUACUCGUCUGGCUGAGACUGAUGAAAUAUGCUCGCGCUUUUGCGGCACUGGGGCCUUUCAUCGUUAUCCUCGGUCAAAUGAUUGAUGACUUCGCCAAGUUCUUCUUCCUGUACUUUGUCUUCUACGUCCCUUACUUGGCUGGAUUCUGGAUGAUCUUCGGCGGAGUGAAAAUCAAGGACAAGUACGUGGAGAGUCCACCUACUGGCAAUACGACUUUUGUCGCCACAACACAGGUGUUACAAGGCUUCGACAACCUGCACAAGCUACUCUUCAGCUUAUUCAGAUUGACACUGGUGGAUGAUUACCCAUACGAAGAGAUGAAUGAAGUUGACCCAAUCAUGUCAGAUUUACUCGUCGCCACGUGGUUUGCCUUAACAACGAUCAUUUGCAUCAAUCUCUUCAUUGCCUUGCUUGCUGACACUUUCCAAAGAGUCUACGACAACGCCCAAGCCAAUGGGCUGAUGUUAAAGGCAAUCACCAUCAUGGAAAUUGAGGGCAGUCUGCCGAAGAAACAACUGAAGAAACACAUUGAUUUCAUCCAUCAAGACGUGGAGCCAGAGGAUUAUGUUGAGGAUGUGAGCAAAGGAGAGUCUGAUCUAAAGAAGGUUGCAUUUCAAGUCAAGCAAGAAUUGGAAGAAAUGAGGGAGUGGUUUACUGAGAAGUUCGGACCCGUGCAACACGCCCCAGAUUUGAGUGGUACUUUUACCCCACAAGACCUGAGGACAAGCAUGCAGCGCCGAGGCAGCACCCAACAGAAUGAGAUGAGCCAUCUGAGGGGAGAGAUCCUGGGGAUAAAGCAGGACAUGGCUAGCCUGAAGGGGUUGUUACAGGAACUAAUGGGCAUACAGCAAAGAGGAGGAGGAGGAGGAGAAUGGGGAAGAGGACAAGACGGAAAUGACGGCGGAGUGCCAAAUGAUGUCCCAGCUACCGGUAUUAGCAGUGGUGUUCCAGCUGGCAGAGACGUCCUCGACGGCGAAGAUGAUGACAAUACCAUCCCGUACACAAAACGAUCUUUAUCGUUGAUACCACUAUAUGACGAAGAUGAAUAUGACACAAUGAGGGAUAUGGAAAAAAGACACGUGUCAAGGAGGAGAAAAAAGAAGCAGAAGCGUAGUAGACAUCCUGAUGAUGUCGAAGACCCCCGAGCUUUAACCAUCCCUCGAACUUCACCGACCGUUGAAGUGGAUUCAUUUGGCUUCAUGGAACCUCCUCCCCAGCAAAUAGUCCAACUUCAACCAACUCCUGAACCCGAGAUUCCCGACUCAACAGAUGCAUAGGUUCACGAGAAAGGGCAUUUUGAGAUUUUGAGAUUUUUUCUAAAGGGGACUACAGGUACCAAAAUGUCCGAUUAAAUCCUGGUCCAGCAUGGCCUUUGUAUCUUGGAUUGGUGAAACUAUAGAGUAAUGAUUGCGAAACGAGAGUAAUUAUGUUCGUUACAAUAAAUUGUGCUUGCAAUGCUGUGAUAAUUUUCUUUACCCGGUGUGCAAGGGAUAGUAGUCCUAGGGCUGAUAGUCCGUGUAACAAUAGCCCGCAUUGCUAAAUGUUUUGGUUAGGGUUAGCGGUACAAUAGAUCAUGCUGCUUAAUUGAUCAAAUACAAUGCUACCGGACUAUGACUCCAGGGGGACUAUAUCCGCUGUCACACCGGUAUAUGUUCAUCAAUAAUAAUACUAUACCCACUUUUAUUUUUCGAUUCAGGUCAAUAGUCAAUUAAAUGUAUUUCAUCGGUAUUAUCGUUAUGUAUAUUGGAUUUUGUGUGUAAAAUCAUUAACAUUAAUGUAGCUGGUGAAGCAUUUUAAUACGCCAUCCCUGGAAAAAAUGUCAUACCAUAUUGUUUGUCAGUACGGUUCGAGAAGAGAGACCAAAACUAUUCAGUAUUUGGAUUUCUUUUCUCCGGUAAAAUCUAACCAAGGACAACUUUUUCUAUAUCGUUCCACAUUAUGUGUGAAGUCCAUUGUAUCUCGUCGUACAUUAAUAAAUUAUAUUUAUAUUCAAAUGAAUUAUAUUUCAAAUAAGUUUAUUUGGAAGACUGGAGAGAAACAAGCACUCUGUCUUCCCGAGGCAGUCCAUUUCAUCACCCUAAAUCAUACUGGGACGAGGCCGGUCCUCUGCGUCCGGAGUGCAUCUGUCUUCCAGCCUCCCCUAAACAAUGUGGGGGAAGGACCGAGAUAUAUGCGGAGAUUGUCCUGUACCAAGGAACAUUGCACUGUCGUGGUCGGGUAAAACAUACUGAUCUUUUCUCACUUUUAACACUGCUUUGCCUUCCAUUUGCAUUUAUUGCAGACCAUCAUAGGGUGAAAUAUUAAAAUGAAAGUAAAAAUUAAGACAUCUUGUUAAUACUAGUAGUACUUUGAAGUAACAGAAAGAAAUUACUGCACAAAAUAAACAGAUAAGCCAUUUGUAUUAUUAAAUUUUCUCAACAGUGUAGAAUCUCCUUUUGUGAGAGUCCCCGCUCCGGUGGAGCUGAAAUGUUGGCCAAAACCUUGGCUCUGCCUCAGUUUUGGUCUACAUUUUAGCUCCGGUUUUGGUGAGACAGCCAAUACCGACAGUGAGGUAUCAAUUCCUUAAAAAUAAUAUUUUACAUUGCUUUAAACAAUUCAUAAUACAGUCGAGACGCACACCCCUGAUCAAAGCUCGAAGUCUUUUCACAGAGUUGGAAUAACGUU